CUGUUGCUAUGGCCUUCGUCCGUGCCGGCCGAUCCGAAUUUCCUACCUGCUGGUCUCCUCGGAGGAGGGGAAAUGGAAGCUAUCCAGCCAGACAGAAGACAGCCAACAUCUUUCCAGCGAAAUCCUUGCCCCACCCUUGCACCAGGCUCCUUGUUGGGAUUUCUCUGGACCAAGGUGGCCACUAGCCAGGACAUGGAGGACUGAGGGGCUGUGGGCGUGAGCAGCUCUUUUGGAGAAUCAGGACGAGAGGAGGAGCUGGGGAGAGGCGAACUGUGGGCUUCACGACGCAGGCUGCUGGACAGAUCACAGUCUCUCUGGGACUUGUGGUCUAGAAGACAGGAGAAAGGAUAAGCAUUCCAGAAGACUGAGCCCAGCUUGAAAGCUGCAGAGGCACCAUGAGUACCGAGGAGGAUGCCAAGUGGCUUCAGUGGGUGACACACCAGUUUGAGACCAUUGCGGGAAAAGACGGCGAGAUCAACCUGCAAGAAUUCAAAGCAGCCCUGAAUGUGAAAGAGUCCUUCUUUGCCGAGAGAUUCUUCACCCUGUUUGACUCCGAUGGAAGUGGCACCAUCACCCUCCAGGAGCUGCGGGACGCGCUGACCCUCCUCAUCCACGGCGACCCCAUGGACAAACUCAAAUUCCUCUUCCAGGUGUAUGACGUCGAUGGCAGCGGCUCUAUCGAUGCGGAUGAGCUGCGCACCGUGCGGCAGUCCUGCAUGCGCGAGAGCGCCAUCUCGCGGCCCGAGGAGAAGCUGGACCAGCUGACGCUGGCGCUCUUCGAGUCAGCCGACAAGGACUGCAACGGCGCCAUCACCUUCGACGAGCUCCGGGACGAGCUGCAGCGCUUCCCUGGGGUCAUGGAGAACCUGACCAUAAGCGCUGCGCACUGGCUGACGCCCCCCGCCUCCCGGCCGCCCCGGCGCCGGGCCCGCCCUCUGACCUCCGCCUACUGGCACAACCACCACCGCCACCUGCUCUGCCUGGCCGUCUCCGCAGGCCUGCACGUGCUGCUCUUCGCGCUGGCGGCACACGCGCACCGGGCCCUCGGCCCCAGCGUCAUGGUGGCCAAGGGCUGCGGCCAGUGCCUCAACUUCGAUUGUAGCUUCAUCGCGGUGCUGAUGCUCAGGCGAGGCCUGACCUGGCUGCGGGCCACCUGGCUGGCCCAGGUCCUGCCGCUCGACCAGAAUAUCCAUUUCCACCAGCUCAUGGGCUACGUGGUGGCGCUCUCCCUUGUGCACACCGUGGCCCACGUUGUGAACCUAGUGCUCCAGGCUCAGUCCGAGGCCAGCCCCUUCCGGUUUUGGGAACUGCUGCUCACCACCAGGCCGGGCAUCGGCUGGGUCCAUGGCUUGGCCUCCCCGACCAGUGUGGCCCUGCUGCUGCUUCUGCUGCUCGUGCUUGCCUGCUCCAGCUCCUGCAUCCGGAGCAGCGGCCACUUCGGGGUGUUCUACUGGACCCAUCUGUCCUACCUUCCCAUGUGGAUUCUGCUCAUUCUGCACGGGCCCAACUUCUGGAAGUGGCUGCUGGUCCCUGGCAUCUUGUUCUUCCUGGAGAAAAUCGUUGGACUAGCCAUGUCCCGCAUGGCAGCCGUGUGCAUCGUGGAAGCCAAUCUCCUUCCCUCCAAAGUCACCCACCUCCUCAUCGAGAGGCCCCCUCUCUUCCACUACAGGCCAGGCAACUACUUGUACCUGAACGUCCCCAGCAUCGCGCGCUAUGAGUGGCAUCCCUUCACCAUCAGCAGCGCUCCGGAGCAGAAAGACACCAUCUGGCUACACGUCCGGUCCGAAGGCCAGUGGACAAACAGGCUGUAUGACUCCUUCAUGACGUCACGCCCCAUGGACUGUGGCUCCAAGCAGCUGUCAAGGAGUUUGCGGAAGAGGAGGAGCCAGAGGAGGCCCCAGGUCUCUGAGAUGUCCUCUGAGAACCACCUGUUUUGUAACAUCAAGUGCUACAUCGACGGCCCUUACGGAACCCCCACCCGCAGGAUCUUUGCCUCUGAGCACGUGGUACUCAUUGGGGCGGGCAUCGGCAUCACCCCCUUUGCUUCCAUCCUCCAGAGCAUCAUGCACAGGCACCAGAAGAGGAAGCAUAUUUGCCCCAGCUGCCAGCACUCCUGGAUGGAUAGCAUCCAGGAUGAGGACAUGAAGCUCCAUAAGGUGGACUUCAUCUGGAUCAACCGAGACCAGCGCUCUUUCGAGUGGUUUGUGAGCCUGCUGAUCAAGCUGGAGAUGGACCAGGCCGAGAUGACACAAGAGGGCCCCUUCCUGGAGCUGCAUAUGUACAUGACCUCUGCACUGGGCAAGAAUGACAUGAAGGCCAUCGGCCUGCAGAUGGCCCUUGACCUCCUGGCCAAGAAGGAGAAGAAGGACUCCAUCACGGGCCUCCAGACACGUACCCAGCCUGGGCAGCCUGACUGGAACAAGGUGUUCCAGAAAGUGGCCGCUGAGAAGAAGGGCAAGGGGCAGGUGUUCUUCUGUGGCUCCCCAGCCCUGGCCAAGGUGCUCAAGGGCCACUGUGAGCAGUUCGGCUUCAAAUUCUUCCAAGAGAACUUUUAGCCUCAUCCCUCCCAGUUCUGCCCAGCCCACACUGCCAGCCAACUCGAUCACAGCGCUCCCAUGCCCCACAGAGGCCAGCCUCAGAGGACCCACCUGGUCCCACUCCACACCCAGAGUGGGAGCGCCCAGGGCCAGAUGGACUUCCUUCCAGACCCAGGGCAGAGGGCGGCGGCCUGCGUGGUGCUGCCAUGCAUUCUGGGAUUGCUGAGAAACU